CUCCUGCCUGCUCUGGGCUCAGUUUGCUGUGGCCGGCAGAGGGGCAGGAGCCCAACGAGCAGAGAGCAUCCACACAUCCCAUCCCUGCAUCCCUGUGGUGGCUCAGGAGCUGAGCAAGAACAGAGCAUCCUACAUCCCAUCCCUGCAUCCCUGUGUGGGCUCAGGGCCUAAUCCAGGAGCCAAGCGAAGCUUCGGGAGCCUCCCCAUCCGCAGCACCGGACCCCUCCUCAGCCACUCGAGGGGGAACAGAGCAACCGGGGUUCACACUCAAGGGCUGGGGGCGAUGGUGCCCCCGGGCAGCCCCCCUCUUGCUGCCUGCGCCUCCAGCAGCCUGCGCCUCGUGGUUCCCGGCCGCGGCUCCCCCCUGGCCCGGCUGAACCGGAGCCCCGGGUGGCCGCGGGAGCCGGGGGGCGGCGGGGCCCGGACGUGCAGCGCCGUGGAGCGGCUGGAGGCCGACAAGGCCAAGUACGUGAAGUCCCUGCAGGUCAUCAACCGGCGGCAGGAGCCGGCGCUGCGGAGCCGCUCGCCCUGGCUCUCCCCCGGAGCCCAGCGCGCCCUCGCCCGCCAGCAGCGGCACGAGUUGUGCCAGAGCCCGGUGCUGGGACCCGAGGCCCUCCUCAUCCAGCGGCAGGGACGGGACUGCCCGGACGGGGACAAGGAGAACGCCGAGGGCUCCGCGCUGCCGCGACCGCUCUGCCAGGGCCCCCGCAGGGACAAACGCCCCGGGUCGUCCCCGGCCAUGGGGGUGGGCGAGGGGCCGCCGGCUCCCCAGAGCCCCGGGACCCCCGUGCCGUGGGUGCCCGCAGAGGAGGAGGAGGAGGAGGCGGCGAGGACGCCGGGUGCCGGCAGCGCUGGCAUCGUGGCUCUGCCCGGCGGCUCCGUGGCGCAGCCCCCAGGGAAGCCGGCGCUGGGUCUGCGCCUGUCGCUGCCGCUCUCGGAGCAGGAGCGGUUCUUCAACUGCUGCGGGCUGGACCGGGCGCUGGUGGAGCUGCUGGGCCGGGAGAGGUUCGUGCCCGCGGGCUGGGACAACGCCCGGGCUCAGCUCCACGGCUCCUGCGAGUCGGAGCCCGGGCAGGCCUCGGCGGGCAGCGAUGGGGAGGUGGGAGCGGGUGAGGAGGAGCCGGAUGCUCGGCUGGGCUCUGCCGUCUCGGUGGUGGAGCGCAACGCCCGCAUCAUCAAGUGGCUCUACGACUGCCAGCGAGCGGGGGUGGCGGCCCAGGGGCCCGCUCUCUAAGUGGAGGUAGCCCCGGUGAUGUCCCCGUUCUGGUGCUACGGAGCCGUUGGCUGAGAGGGCCGCCAGGUCUACCCAGGACCAGGGAUGAGAGCACCGAGGGCAGGUGGGAAAGGGGCUCCCCUGGGGGAGUCUCUCCUUGUCCGCAGGGCUGGCAGGCUGCUGCCGCCGUGCCUGACCCAGCUCCAUCCUCCCUGUCUCCGCUCAUGCCCUGCACCAACUGGAAGCUAUGGGGUGGGCAGAGCCCGAGCCCCCCACUGCAGGCAGUGCCCACCCCGCAGCAAACUGGCUGCUGGGGCCGGAGCAGCGCUCAAUAAACCUGGCUCUGUUUUUAUAGG